AAAUUCUCACAGAUCAAACAUAGCGGUAGCGCCUCCUAAACAUUGAAGUAAGAAUUCCAAGCCCUUUCGAAAACCCUUCUCUCUCGUCAUUAAGAUUUUCGGUCGUAUCGUUGCCCAAGCAUUAUAGCGCAAACCAUCCUUCCUGUUUAGCUUCUUCGGUCUGCGCUGUUAUCGCCAUUGUUAUCGCUUGGUGCAGGCUUUUUUCGAGGCUUUAAGCGAGAUGGGGGACAUCUUCGGGAAGUGGUUCUUUGGCGAGGACUCAAACUUCAGUGCCUCUUGCUUGUCCCGGGCAGCGGACUUCUUCGGAGAAGGCCUGGGCAUGAGAUUCCGAAUGGAGCUUCUGAUUCUUGCCCUUCACGACAACGAGAAGCGAAGAGAGGCUCUUCGUUUUCUUGCCGCGCACCGAGAAUUCCACCCCAAAUUGGCGCCCAUGCUGUGGGACUCUGCCGGUAUCGUGUUCGUGCUGAUUCAGGAAGUCUCUUCUGCAUACCGGAUGGUAAGAACACCGUUUCUCACCGUGGCGGCGGCAGAGCGAGCUUCCGAUGCUCUCAUCCUUCUGAAGUGCCUGGCUUCUCAUAGUGAUGCCAAAAGGUUGCUUGUCAAUGCUAAACUCCAAGAGUACCUGUAUCCUUUCUUGACAACCGCGCACAGGGACGAGCUUCAUGAAAACUUGAGGCUGCGAAGCUUGGAGGUCAUCGAUAAAAUAUUAGAGGUGGAGGAUGAAGAGAUUAUUAAGGCGCUUGCUGAAGCUCGCAUGGUGCUGUUUUGUCUCCGUUGCAUAGUGGUGAGCGAGAUACCUGGAAAGGAGGUCGCUGCUCUCGUUCUGCAAAGGAUUUUAAUGCAUGAAGCCGGGAUGCAGUGUUGUUCCAACCCUAUUUGCCGAUUCGCAACGAUAUCCCAUACUCUGACUUUCGCAGUUGAAGAGCGUGGCGUUGUGCUCUCUAGACUGCUGCUAAGACGGGUUGCGGCUUGCUUCUUGAGCCUCUCAAAGCACUCGAGCGCUCCGGAGUUGCUACAUAAUUCUCUUCCUAUGAGACUCGGAGAUCCCUAUAUUGCCAACAUUCUUGAAGCAGAACCAAUAGCCAGGGAUAUAUUGAGAGCGGCAGCUGCCAAUCUCACCUGUAGCGGGGGAAGUGGACGUCGCCCUGUGGAACUGCGACUUGGGCCAAUAGGCAGACCACCCGGAUCGAGGGUGAACUGAGCGAUCAUGCGCCACCAGCCAAGCAAACGGAGUUUGCAGAGUGGAAUUUCUGUUCAGGCUGGACAGUUGGUUAGCUUGUGUAACUUAGGAUCUAUAAUAAACCCUUGGCCAGUGACCGUGGCAUACAUUUGCCUGGCA